CAGGCGGCAGCUGGGCCCUCCCCCGGCGCCUGCAGCCUCCCGGAUCCCGCCCCUGCCUCGCUCCCGCCCGCCGCAGCCGCCCGCCCGCGGAUCCCGGAGCCGCCGGCCCCCGCAGAGGACCGACUGCCCAGACUGCGGGUCCCGGGGCUCCCUGGGCGGGGCCGAUCCCAGGGAGCCCCCCUGACUGCCUCCCAGAGCAGGGUGGGGAAAGGGAUCUUAGCCCGCCGCCGCCUCCGAGCGGGCCGCCAGAUUUUAUUUUCAGGUAAUCUCUACACCCAACGCGGGGCUCAAACUCACAACCUCGAGAUCAAGAGUCGCAGGCUCCACCGAAGGAGCCAGCCAGGCGCCCCAAUGGCAGAGAAUUUGUUGUUGCUGUUCAGCACGUGUGGUCACCAUGAAGUGAGCCAUCGUGUCAUCGACCACAAUCUCAAGGAUUCCGGCGGCCUGAGAUGGGCGCCCGGCCUUCGCGGCGGCGGCUGCCCGCGGACCAGCCCAUAGCCUUGGACGCGCUGCCCCCGGAGCUGCUCGUGCAGGUGCUGAGCCACGUGCCGCCGCGCGCAUUAGUGACGCGCUGCCGCGCAGUGUGCCGCGCCUGGCGCGACGUGGUGGACGGGCCCACCGUGUGGCUGCUGCAGCUAGCCCGCGACCGCAGCGCCGAGGGCCGCGCACUCUACGCCGUGGCCCAGCGUUGCCCGCCCAACAACGAGGACGAGGAGUUCCCGCUCUGCGCCCUGGCGCGUUACUGCCUGCGCGCACCCCUCGGCCGCAACCUCAUCUUCAACUCCUGCGGAGAGCAGGGCUUCAGAGGCUGGGAGGUGGAGCACGGCGGGAAUGGCUGGGCCGUGGAAAAGAACCUAACACUGGUGCCGGGGGCUCCUUCCCAGACCUGCUUCGUGACUUCUUUCCAAUGGUGCUUCAAGAGGCAGCUUGUGGACUUGGUGAUGGAGGGGGUGUGGCAGGAGCUGCUGGACAGCGCCCAGAUCGAGAUCUGUGUGGCCGACUGGGUGGGUGUGUGCGACCCUCACCCAAGUGCAGGGAGGCUUAGUCCUCAGCCUCCCUCUCCCCGCCCCAGAGACCGGGUGGGUGGCGGGGACAUCAAGGCUCACCACGACCUGGCAGGUGGGGUGCCCGCGAGAACUGUGGCUGCAUCUACCGGCUCCGGGUCCGCCUCCUGGACGUGUACGAACACGAAGUGGUCAAGUUCUCGGCCUCCCCCAACCCGGUCCUUCAGUGGACUGAGAGAGGCUGCCGACAGGUGUCUCAUGUCUUCACCAACUUUGGCAAGGGCAUCCGAUACGUGUCUUUCGAGCAGUAUGGGAGGGACACGCGUUCCUGGGUAGGGCACUACGGCGCCCUCGUGACCCACUCCAGUGUGAGGGUCAGGGUCCGCCUGUCCUAGCCGACCAGCCUGAGCCAGCCUUCCAGAGUGUACUGCCGUCUGCCAGACGUCAUCAGUCAAAGACAGCUUUGCAGUCGGGAGCCGGAUGCCUGUGGACAGUGAGGGUCCCGUGUGGCCCAUUCCUGGCACACCUCCAGUGAACCCCACUUGCUGCUGCUUCAGCACGGUGUCACACAUGCUGUGCAAGAAACCAGGGACCUAGGGCGCCUGGGUGGCUCAGUAGGUUGAGUGUCUGCCUCUUGAUCUCAGCUCAAGACGUGACCUCGUGGUUUGUGAGAUCGAGCCCUGUGUCGGGUUCCGCGCGGACAGUGCAGAGCCUGCUUGGGAUUCUCUCUCCCUC